GUGACCUGAGAUCGGGCCUUAUAAUUAUGACCUAGAAACGAUUUAGCACGCGAUGACUUUGAACCAGAGGCCGUUAGCCCAUUAAGGAACGAUCAUAAACCAUCGCCAGCUGAAUCGAAAACGGGAAAAGCACGGCGCCGAAGGCUCAACCGCUAACCGCCGUAGCUAAAAACGAUUAACUUCCCUCCCCGAUAAUUUCAUUUAAAAGAGAGAGAGAGAGGAGGAGAAUGGCAGGGAGAGGAGAGAUAGUGGAAGCAGAGAGCGCAGAGGCAGAGGCUAUAAUCACAAGAAUAGAACACAAAACUCGCAAGAUCGAAAGCCUACUCAAACAGGGCAGACCCGUUGAGGCUCUCAAAACGGCUCUGGAAGGCUCGCCUCCAAAGACUCGAGAUGAGAGAUGCAAGUCAGCGAAUUGGAUAGUGGUGCACAGAGCUCUAAUGGCAAUAAAAGAUGUGGAUUCAUUGUUCUCUGCUUUAGAUCCUGAGUACUAUGAUAUUCUCAUGAAGUACUUGUACAGGGGAUUGUCAACUGGAGAUCGGCCCACAUGCGACCAAUGCCUGCGGAUACAUGAAAAGUUAACAGAAAAGGCUGGAUUGGGUUGCAUAUUGCGUUCCCUUGCAGACACUGUGAAUACCGUUUGACUGUGUCAUAUAUACCAAAAUGCAAAUCUAUCCAUCUAUGUAAUAUUUAAUUAUGAAUGAUGAUAAUGUGCAGGGGCUGUCAGGGUUUUAUGUUCCAAAAGCUUCGCCUUGCCUUAAAGCUUGCGAUACAGUACCGGUUUUCUUAUUUCAUAUUUUAUUUGAGCGGGUAGGUGUUCUUACAA